AUGACCGUUGCCAUGGGCAUCGACACACCCGCUACACCAUCACCACGACCUUCUCUUCCCAACUUUCAAAAGAACAUCAGAAAACGUUGGCCACCGAUGGCAAACCGCAAUGCUCUUCCAUACAAACUCACAGUCAUCUCCAAGGAGAAGUUGGCCCGUGAAGCCACCGCUCCCGACCCAGACCUCCGCCGCUGCGUGGCACACUUCCGACUUCACUGUGGCUCCGUCCUCUGGACAGAAAAUGACAUGAAGUCACGCAUCAGCUCUUUUGAAUUCGAAGAAUCCGAGUCCGAGUCCGAGGAUGACUCCGAGCACAAGAAGAUGAACGAGCUCAAGAUCCGGCAAAAGACCCAAAAAUCAAACACCAUUGUCAUGCAAGUCACACCCGAAGACAAAGAACCUCUGGUCACAUCAUCUGAGAUCCUCCCGGAGAGUGAUCUCACCGAAAAUUACAUGGAUCGGAAUCUUUGUGCCGUCGUUCAACCUAUUGGCGCCUAG